AUCAAUCUUUCAUCACACACCUCGCCGUCCAAUUCAUCAACCCUUUCUCUCACACCUCAUCAACAACACACACUGCUUUCUACUCAAAACCACCAUCAUAUCUUCCUAACACUGCACCGCACGAUACCCGUUUCUUUUUCUUCGCCUUCCACACAACCACCACAAUGUUCCGCCGUCUCGUAACAGUCGCUCCCCGCGCCGCGGGCGUUCUCUCGCCUCGCAUCAUCGCCCCCGCCGUCGCCGGCAUGCAGCAGCAGACCCAGACCUCGAGCCUGCGGGCUUCCACCCCCUCGUCUCUCCAGCAGCAGCGCCGGGGCUACCACGAGAAGGUGCUCGACCACUACUCCAACCCCCGCAACGUGGGUUCUAUGGCCAAGAGCGUCGACGUCGGCACGGGUCUCGUCGGUGCCCCGGCUUGCGGUGACGUGAUGAAGCUCCAGAUCCGCGUCGACAAGGACACCAACGUGAUCAGCGACGUCAAGUUCAAGACCUUCGGCUGCGGCAGCGCCAUCGCCAGCUCCAGCUACCUGACCGAGUUGGUCCGCGGCAUGACCCUCGACGAGGCCGCCAAGAUCCGCAACACGGAUAUCGCCAAGGAGCUGUGCUUGCCUCCUGUCAAGUUGCACUGCUCCAUGCUCGCUGAGGAUGCCAUCAAGUCCGCCAUCUCCGAUUACUACACCAAGAACCCCAAGGCUGUCAAGACCAACUUGGCGGGUACUGGUGCCUCGAUCCCGGACCUCCAUGCUCAGCCCGAGAAGGCGGCCCCCGUCGCUUAAAUACGACAAAAAAACUUUGAAGAAAAAAAAAAUCAAUACCUACUUGAACCAAUACAAUUUGAAAAGGCGAUACCAUGAUACGAAUUAUUAUCCUUGCAUCAUUUUUUCCCCCUUACCCACCGGAACUGGAUGCUGAGCAAUAAAUGAUGGAACUCGAGUCAUGAUCGUUAAGCUAAUGGUUCUUGUCUCUCGCAGCUUCAAAGCGAGAGACAAAACAAAAGCAACAGCUCUGGGACAAAACGUUCGCUGUUCUUUCUUCUUUUUCCUUCUUCUUGAUUGUGGAUCUGGGACGGAGUUAUCUGUUUCUUCGCUUCAAUACUGUACAGCAAUUUUAUGUCUUUUCUAUUUUGUGUCUCUUUUUUUUUUUUU